UCGGAUUGUUGGUGUUUAAUUUUGACAAGAUAGGGUGCAUCACUUUUCGGAGUUUAAACUUUUGGAUAACGUAUUUAUGCCUAAAUUUAUGAAAUUAAUAGCAAUUCAGAGUAAUGAAAGUUCUAAAUGCCCUCAGCAAAUUUCAAAAGUCUCCGAACACUUUUAUACCAGUCCACAUGCAUCUUCGUCCAAGAACACGGAGUCAGAUGACAAUAUGGAAUCUACCUGAAGAACUAUUGUUGUAUAUCAUUAAAGGAUUACAUAUCAGAGAUGUUCUUAAUUUGAGAGCUGUUCACCCAUACUUUAAAGAUUUAAUAGAAAACAGUUCUGUGAUCUGGAAUUCCACAAGUUUUCAAGAUGAAUGGCCCUCACUGAAAAACAUUCCUCAUUUUGAGAAAGCUGGAGAUUUGGGAAAUCUUGAAGCAUUGAUUAAAAUGGCCAUUGCCUACCUCUAUAAUGAAGGAUUACCUACAGAUUUGGAAGGAAAGAAAACAAUCAACAAUGGAGAGAAGGCAGCAGAUAUAUUUUGUAGAAUUGAAGGACUUAGUCCAAACACAGAUCCUUUUACAUGGCUGUUUAUACGACCACCUUGGUCUGUUAAUGGUGCUUGUUGCAAAGAAUGUGUCUUCAAAUACAUGAAAGAUUUUAUCAAAACGACAAAAGAUAAAAAUAUCCAUGUAUGUGUAGCUAGGACGUUAAUGUUACUGGAAUCAGAAGAUACUACAGAGAUUUGCCAGUAUCUAAAGGAUGGUGCUGAACUUGGAUCAGGCGUAGCAGCAUUUAUGUUCUGGCAACAGAAAUAUGAUAAAAUGGUAAUGGACAAAGGAACAGAAUUAACUAGUAUAAGGGAACUGAGGGAUCUGACUUCUUUAGGCUAUCUUGAAGCUAAACUGACUCUCUGUAAAUACUACGCACAUGGGAAAUAUGGCGGUAUAUCUCAACACCAGGCAGCUAUGUUUGUAAAAGAUUUGGUGCAGACAACAUCACCUACAAACACUCAAGACUGCUUUCAAACCUCACAGGAAUUAACCCAAUCUAUGAGAUACAUUCUUGUCGAUUGGUUGGUAGAAGUCGCAGGGAUGAAAGAUUUCUCUAGUCAUACACUGCAUGUAGCCGUUAGUAUGGUGGAUAGAUUUUUAAAAGUUCACAAGACAUCUCGUUCCAAACUGCAAUUAUUAGGUGUAGCCGCUAUGCUUCUUUGUUCAAGAUAUUUAGGUAAAGAUAUUAUCACCAUUAGAGAGGCAGCCUGGCUGACCGACAGUACAUACAAGUAUGAAGAUAUUGUCCGAAUGAUGGGCGAGAUAGCUGCUACCUUGAAAGGCAACAUUAGGACAAUCACUAGCAUUGAUUUGGUUGAGAUAUUCUGUAUACUAUGUGAUCUGGAUAAGAAAUCGUGUUACUUAGCAGAAUACAUCUGUGAACUUUGCCUUCUCCAGGCAGAGAUGGGACAAUAUAGCCCUGCAGAGAUUGCUGCUAGUUGUGUGCUGUUAGCUCGUGUCUUAAUGAAGCAUGAAAAUGCUUGGCCAUCAAAGAUGAGUUUAUUCACAGGAUAUAAGAUAGAAGACAUAAGUAGAUGUGCAUUCCAUCUUCAUGAAAAGUGCUUCCUAGAGGGAUCCGUUGUGGAUCAUAGAGAUGUUAAACUACAGUCAGUUAAACUUAGAUAUGCUGAAGAAAAAUUCUACAAAGUCAGUGAAAUACAGAUAAUGAGUUAUGAAGAAUUGUGCAUAAUGUUAGGUGUAACAGAACACAUACUACAAGGAUGUGAUGUACGUGUCAAGUUCAAAAACGAUGAUGAGCUUAUCUUAUCUCCCUCCCGAAAGAAGAGGAAAUAUGACAAACCAUAUUCCCGUAUGAGAGAAAGAAGAACUUUCAAUAGUUUGACAAUGGAAGGAGUCCGACCACAUGAUUCUGUUUUGUCUGGUUAUGAUGGUGACAAAGAAGAUGCAGAUGAGUCUUUUAUAGAAGAAGAAGAAUUCAGUGAUUGCAGCAAGCUAGAUGAAGGAUUUGAUGCUUCCUCAUGUUCUGAGGGAGAGUCUGUAAUCCAGCCAACAUCUGCCAGUAAAAAUGUCAAAACAAUGACCUUAAAUAUCUCAUUUAUGAACACAUCACCUCUUGCAUCAGGAUUUUCAUUAGUUACUCCUGGUUACUCCUGUGAUAAAGAAUUAACCUCAGGAUUGGCGUCUUCGCCAAUGUCCUCAACCCCAGAGGAUUGUCCGUCCACAUCAUCUGUCAUACCGAAAUCAUCAUCGCUCUGUAAACUUGAACAUCUACCGUCAAUGUGUGCUGACUCUACAAGUGAUUCAGACUUUGAAUUCUCUCCAACAAAAUACUCUGACAAACGCAAAAGUGCUACAAGUCACAUGACUUUACGAGGAAGUAGAAAAAGACGACAGGGAGGAAGUUGUUGUGCUCUAGUGCUUCACCACAAUCUACGCCAACACAAUCAGUGAUUGUUGUGAUAUUGACAAUACAGUAAUGUGCUACCGAUACUGCCAAAAUAACACUGUCAUGGCAACCAAGUUGCAAAGUGUAUUAUUAUGUGGUCAUAGCCACACUAAAUUGAAUGACUGAAUGAAUGGAAUGUUUCUAUUUAAAUUUGAUAACUGAGAAAGUAUGAUUAUGAAAUAUUUCAAAUGUUUAGAAAACAUCUGUUUUGCUGAAAUAAUGUUCAGCUCAGUAUAAAUAAGGAAUUGUUCAGCUCUCUAUCUUCCUUUCCCAAUGCAAAAAAAAUAAUUUUUGGCUCAGCUCACUAUUAGGAAAGGACCAAGGAUGCUAAUUAUAGUUGCCUUUGGAAUAAACUAAAACAAACUACUUUGGUGAUGUCAUGUAAUUUCUUUUAAUAUAAAGGGUAUAUAAAUUGGUGAUUUCAACAAUAUUAUAAAAUAUUGCAUGCAAAAAAGAGCAGGAGGUACCCUAUCUUUAAAAAAUGAAAACACUGAAUUAUUACAUUUGCCAAAUGGAUGUUUCCUAUAUAUUGUGAAUUAAAUUUUUAAAAGCAUAAUUGUUCAUGUAAUAACUGUUCCAAAAGAUUAUAUAUGGUAUGACUUGUCUUGUGACAGGAAUGUAUGAUUGACAUGAUAAUAAGCCUCUAUGUGAGAUGACUGUAUUUAAGUUUGUCUGAAAAGUCAUGCAUGAUAAUUGGAUAAAAGGUUACUUCAGACAUUAUUCUCAUUACAGUGCGUUAAAAUUUUAUUUGAAAAACCAAAUUGUAUGCUUUUUUUGAAGCAUUACACUCUUCGCUUGCAGAUUUAUUUGAGUACAAAUAUUUGUGAUCAGGGGAGAGAUGUAACAAGGUUUGAAGAAAGCCAUAUUAUUAUGUGCAAUGCUAUUUUAUUUAGCUAAAUGAUUCCGUCUUAGACAUAUCAAUAUGAUAUUAAAAUGGGUAAUACAUGUUAGUCAAACUUUAAAAGGUCAUUCCAUGUCAUCACACUAAUCAUGAAUAAAUAUUUCAUCUGACAUCAUUUUCAUUACUAUCAUAUUUUUUGUUGAUAAUUUAUAUUUAUACAUGACUUUUAUGUAUUUUAUAUUUUUUUAUAUUACUGUGCCAGUUUCAGACUUUCAUGACUUAUCUUACAUACCAAUAGCUGAAUUAAAACACAUGUAUUAGAAUUUCAUUCUUUAAUUGAAAUGUUGUCAAUCACUGGCUUUUUCUGUCAGUUAUGCUUUUUCUUUUACAAAUUCAGCAUUAUGUCUGUGUCUUUUUGCUACAUUUAAGUGGGGAAAUGAUAAGUAAAGAGAUUUAAAAAGGACUUGUAUUUUAAAUACUGAUGAAAUUUGCAAAGAAAACUUAACCUCUUGAGAUCUGCCUUUUUACCGGUUUAGAAAUCUUUAUUAAAUCAAAGAUUUCUUUCUGUUAUCUGUUUUCUGUUAUGUAACUUUUGUUAUAGCAUAUAUUAACUGUUUGUUGUGUUUUCUUGUGAGUAUGUCUUAGAAAGUGUUUUUGUUAUAAAGUUAUGUAUAUUAUUGUAUGAGAGGUUUUUUCACAUGUUAAAAUUCACUUAUUUAUUUAGUAAAGUUGGUUGUUUGGUUUAUUGCUGAAAUAUGACGACAGUAAGUCAUUGUUUGAUUUGAUCACAACGUUAUUGAAGGGUAGUUAGUUUUUAGUCAAUGUGAACAAAAAUUGUUUACCUGAAAUUUGCAUACUUGGGAAGUAUAAAACUUUGAAGUUUGUAUGGUCUUACAAAAAAUAUUUCAAAAUAUUGCACAUCUUGAUCAAUACUCUUGUUCUAAAACAGGCAGGAAGCAAUUGCAAUUUUUUGUUAUUAACAGAAUUUAACCAACUACUUUGUCUUUUUUCAUACAGAAUCUAGGUGCCUAAUUUUAGUCAUUAUAGACACCCACUUUAAUAAUUUUGAAAGUCCUGCAUUAAAUUUAUUUAUGCUGAAUCAGUCCCAUUGAAAGUAUGGAUGAAAAAUACAUUUAUUUUUGUAUGAUUGUGGGCAUUUAUGUGUGUUCAAGAAUUCUCAUUUAUGUUAUAUUUUGUGGAGAUUUAAUAUUUUUGUAUCAAAAGAAUAAAAUUUAUAAUAUUGUA